UCAAGCCCAAUGGAUCAGAUGGGGAAGAUGAGACCUCAGCCCUAUGGAGGAAACAACCCAUACACACAACAGCAGGGACCUCAGGCUGGGCCCCAGCAAGGACACGGCUACCCAGGACAGCCAUAUGGGCCACAGACUCCCCAGAGAUACCCCAUGGGAAUGCAAAGCAGGACACAAAGUACAAUGGGCAGCAUCUCAUAUGCACAACAGAUUCCUCCUUACGGACAGCAGGGCCCGAGUGCAUAUGGGCAGCAAAGCCAGACUCCAUAUUACAACCAGCAAAGCCCUCAUCCCCAGCAGCAGCAGCCUCCAUACUCUCAGCAGCCUCCAUCCCAGACCCCUCACUCUCAGCCUUCUUAUCAGCAGCAGCAACAGCCUCAGUCUCAACCUCCCCAACUCCAGACAUCGCAGCCCGCGUAUUCUCAGCAGCAGUCCCAGCCGCCCCAUCAGCAGUCCCCGACUCCCUACCCUCAGCAGCAGUCCACGGCCCAGCAGCACCAACAGAGCCAGCCUCCCUACUCCCAGCAGCAGUCCCAGUCACCCUACCAGCAGCAGCAGCAAACCCAGCAGACGGCUUCCUCAGCUCUUUCACAGCAGUCCUCCUCAUACCCCCAGUCGCAGCCGCCGCAGUCCGCGUACUCCCAGCAGCGCUUCCCCCCUCCUCAGGAGUUAUCUCAAGACUCAUUUGGGUCCCAGGCAUCAUCUGCUCCCUCAAUGGCUUCCAGUAAAGGGCAAGAAGAUAUGAACUUGAAUCUUCAGUCCAGACCUUCUAGCCUGCCGGACCUGUCUGGUUCAAUAGAUGAUCUACCCAUGGGUACAGAAGGAGCCCUGAGUCCUGGAGUAAGCACAUCAGGGAUUUCCAGCAGUCAAGGAGAGCAGAGUAACCCAGCUCAGUCUCCUUUCUCUCCACAUACCUCUCCUCACCUGCCAGGCAUCAGAGGACCCUCCCCAUCCCCAGUUGGAUCUCCAGCUAGUGUUGCUCAGUCCCGCUCUGGUCCACUUUCACCUGCUGCAGUACCAGGCAAUCAGAUGCCACCCCGACCGCCCAGUGGCCAGUCAGACAGUAUCAUGCAUCCUUCCAUGAACCAGUCAAGCAUAGCUCCAGAUCGAGGUUACAUGCAGAGGAAUCCUCAGAUGCCCCAGUACAGCUCACCCCAGCCUGGCUCAGCCUUAUCUCCCCGUCAGUCUUCUGGAGGACAGAUGCAUGCUGGAAUGGGGCCAUACCAGCAGAACUCCAUGGGGAGCUACGGACCCCAGGGUGGACAGUAUGGACCUCAAGGAGGUUAUCCCAGGCAGCCAAACUACAAUGCUAUGUCCAAUGCCAACUACCCCAGUCCGGGAAUGGGAGGAAGCAUGAACCCCAUGGGAGCAGGGAGCCAGAUGCACGGGCAGACUGGUGUGCCACCCUACAGCGGGCUUCCUCCGGGCAGGAUGAGCCAUGCCACCAUGGGGAACAGGCCGUAUGGACCCAACAUGGCCAACAUGCCCCCUCAGGUGGGCACAGGGAUGUGCCCCCCGCCCGGCGGCAUGAACCGCAAAGCACAGGAGGCGGCCGCCGCCGCCAUGCACGCUGCUGCCAACUCCAUCCAGACCAGGCCUCCUGGUUAUCCCAACAUGAAUCAAGGGGGAAUGAUGGGCACUGGACCUCCUUAUGGGCAGGGAAUUAACAGCAUGGCUGGGAUGAUAAACCCCCAGGGCCCACCUUAUCCAAUGGGGGGGAACAUGGCCAACAACUCUGCAGGGAUGGCAGCAAGCCCUGAAAUGAUGGGUCUGGGGGACGUCAAGUUAACACCUGCAACUAAAAUGAACAAUAAGGCAGAUGGGACACCAAAAGCUGAAUCCAAGUCAAAGAAGUCCAGUUCUUCUACUACAACCAAUGAGAAGAUCACCAAACUCUACGAGCUGGGUGGUGAGCCUGAGAGGAAGAUCUGGGUGGAUCGUUACCUGGCCUUCACUGAAGAGAAGGCCAUGGGCAUGACCAACCUCCCAGCAGUGGGCAGGAAACCCUUGGACCUUUACAGGCUCUACAUCUCAGUGAAGGAGAUUGGAGGGUUGACUCAGGUCAACAAGAACAAGAAGUGGCGUGAGUUAGCCACAAAUCUCAACGUGGGCACGUCCAGCAGUGCAGCUAGUUCUUUGAAGAAGCAGUACAUCCAGUGUCUGUAUGCCUUCGAGUGCAAGAUUGAGCGAGGUGAAGACCCCCCUCCAGAUAUCUUUGCAGCUGCUGAUUCAAAGAAGUCUCAGACUAAGAUACAGCCUCCAUCUCCAGCGGGUUCAGGCUCAAUGCAGGGCCCUCAGACACCUCAGUCCACCAGCAGCUCCAUGGCAGAAGGAGGAGACUUGAAGCCACCAACUCCAGCAUCUACACCACACAGUCAGAUGCCCCCUUUGCCAGGCAUCAGGAGUAACUCAGUGGGCCUUCAGGAUGCCUUUGCAGAUGGUAGUGAUCCUACGUUCCAGAAACGGAACUCCAUGACUCCAAAUCCAGGGUACCAGCCCAGCAUGAAUACCUCUGACAUGAUGGGUCGCAUGUCUUACGAGCCAAAUAAAGAUCCUUACAGCAGUAUGAGGAAAGCUCCAGGAAGCGAUCCCUUCAUGUCCUCAGGGCAGGGCCCCAACAGUGGUAUGGGUGACCCUUACAAUCGUGCUGCAGGCCCAGGGAUGGGUAACAUGGCCAUGGGGCAGCGGCAACACUACUCCUACGGAGGUCCUUACGACAGAGUGAGGACGGAGCCCGGCAUGGGACCCGAGGGCAACUUGGCAACAGGAACUCCACAGCCAAACAUCCUGCCUUCCACCCCUGAGUCAGGGAUGUACUCUCCCAGCCGCUACCCACAGCAGCAGCAGCAAAGACAUGAUUCCUAUGGCAAUCAGUUCUCCACUCAAGGCACAUCCUCGGGCAGCCCCUUCCCUAGCCAGCAAACUACCAUCUAUCAACAGCAACAGCAGAACUACAAGCGACCGCUGGACGGCAGCUACGGCCCGCCCGCCAAGCGGCACGAGGGGGACCUGUACAACGUCCCCUACAGC